CAAGGAGCCCAAUUCCCCACUCCCUGAGCUCAUCCUUGAGUGUCUGUCUGCCAUCCCCUCCCACACUCCCACACACACACACACCCCAUUACUACCUCCAGGACAGCCCCUUCCCAUAACCUCCACCUCCCUCCAUGACCCAGCUCUCACCCAGGCCUAAAGUCCUUGCUUAUCCUAUCCCUGUCCCUCCCAGGGGCCUGGGUGCUGGGGAGGGAUUGGGUAGUUCAAUGGGUCCAUGUGUGUUCGUCUGGGGCCCUAGCCCGGCCCAGCUCCUGGACAGUGUCCUCGGGCUGGGAGCACUGGGGUUGACAAUCCGGGCAGUCUUUUCCACGGCUGGCCCAGCCUUGCUGCUGCUGCUGCUACUGGUCAGCUUCCUGGCCUUCGACCUGCUCCACAGGCCCCCAGGUCCCACCCAGCCACAGCACACACUCCUCACAGGGGGCCAAAGUCAAGGGGCCGGCGAGGGCCCAAGACAGCGGGAGGCUCUACUCCUGCAGACCGCGGCAGUCACAGGACGGCUCAGCCUCCAGGAGGCUCUGCUACUCCUGCUCCUGGGCCUGGAGCUGCUCUUGGGAGCCCGAGGCAUGCCCUUGACCCUGCUUGGCCUGGCUUUCUGCCUCUAUCCUUGGGCCUGACUGCCCUCCAGAAAUACACUGGCCAUGCUGCUUC